UUGAUCCCGCGCGGCGCCUUCGUGCCGUGUGUCCCUCAGCUCUCCCGCCAUCUUGUCAAGCUGUUGGGCGUGUGGUUUAGCCUUGUACUUUCUCAAGCCAUGGCUAUGGAGACACAGGCUCAAUCCAAGAACCUUGAGAACGUCAAGAAAGAGCCGCAGACGCCUAAGGCCAAUGAAAACAGUGAUAACGCCAACAGUUUCCGUGGUGGCGGGCGAGGCGGCAGAGGAGGAUUCCGUGGAAACCGGGGUGGCGGCGGCGGCCCUGGCGGCGGCAGGGGCGGUGGACCUGGUUCCGUACAGACCUCCACCCCGGUCCCAGGUGGUAUCGGUAGCCUGGGCGCCACCAACCAGGGCAUCCCUGGUGGCAUAGGAUCUCUGGAAGGCAGUCGCGGCGGUGCCCACAAUGUCGGGCGUGGCGGCGCCCACCAUGCCAACAGCACCCCGGGCCACGCUCCUAACAGCAACGCCGCCAACAACGCGGACUCUAGACCUGACCACCAUCGGGGCGGUGGCGGUGGUGGUUACUACAGGGGCGGGCGAGGAGGUCGAGGGCGUGGAGGAGGCGGCGGCGGCGGCGGCUACGGCGGCGACAGGGGAGAUCGAGGACAGGUGGGGAAGCGGCCUCCUCUGGGUGGUCUGAAGGACAGAAUUAUUGAGAGACUGAAGCAGUUGGCUGGGCCGCUGAUUGACUUGCCACCCCGUGAGGAAACUGUUCGCAAGUUCUCCAACCAUUGUAGAUUGUGGGUGGGCAACCUGCCGUUGGACAUAAAGGAGGAUGACGUUAGAGAACUGUUUAAGCCUUUUGGAGAAUAUGAUGAAGUGUAUUUUGACAAGAACAAGGGAUUUGCCUUUGUUCGUAUGGACUACAAAAGCAAUGCAGAAAAAGCACGCCAGGAGCUCCACAUGAAGGAUUACAAAGGUCGGCAGCUAAAGAUACGCUUCUCGUCUCCUGGCACAGCACUCAAGAUCCGUAACCUUUCAACGUGGGUUACUAAUGAGCUCCUGGAGAAGGCAUUCUCGGUAUUUGGUGAAUUGGAGAAAGCCAUUGUCAUCACUGAUGAGAGGGGGAGAGCCACUGGAGAUGGCAUUGUGGAGUUCUGCAAGAAACCCUCGGCCAACUUGGCUUUGAAAAAGUGUAACGAGGGUUGCUUCUUCAUGGUUGCGUCACCGCGUCCUGUCAUUGUGGAGCAGAUGGCUCUUGUUGAUGACAAUGAGGGCAUGAGUGAAAUAAACAUCAACAAACGUAACCCAGAGUAUGUGAAGGAAAGACAGCAGGGUCCUCGCUUUGCCCAUCCUGGUUCCUUUGAAUAUGAGUAUGGCCUUAAGUGGAAACAGUUGUACGAGCUGUUUGACAAGAAACGGGAUGCACUGGAAAAGGAGCUCCAGGAUGAGAAGAGGAAGCUGGAAGAGCAGAUUGAAUAUGCUAAAUAUGAACACGAAACAGAAAUGCUCCGUGAACAGUUGAGGCAGAGAGAAGAAAUGAACCAGAGGACUAAAUCUGAUUAUGAGGCAAGACAGCGUGAAUGGGAAGAACAUCGCCGCACUGAAGAGGAAAGACAACGUCGACAGGAGGAGGAACUUUCUCAGAAGUUCCGACAACAGGAGGAGGAGCUUAGGCGCCGGCAAGAGGAGAACAGGCUGUUCAUGCAGGAGCGUGCCAAUGACUUGAUGAAGAGUGAGAACAGUCAAGAUAGCUUUGGAAGCAGUGGUUAUCCAGGUAAUGAGGGCAGUAACUGGCGUCGCAACAGUGAUGGUUAUAGGUCUCAGGGAGGCAGCAGUUGGCGUGGCGGUGGCAGUGACAAUUGGGGCCGUUCAGGCAUGGGGAGCCGAGGGGGCACUGGCUCCUCUGGCAUGGGUAGCAGCUGGGACAGUAACUGGGAUGGCCGUCCAGACCCUUGGCAGAGUGACAAUCGGAGUGGUUAUCAGCGUGGAGGCAACGAGAAUGAGCUGCCCCCUCCCCCGACCGCCAACCAUGCUAGUCCCUCCAUUCGCAUCCCAAGCAGAGGGGAAGAGAAAGAGGCACAAGACACAACUAAGGACCCCAACACCUUCUUGGAAAACUUCAACCGCGGGCGUAACUUUGAACAGGAAGGAAUUGACUACGCCGGCCAAAGAGGCCGUGAGGUUGGCCGAAGCCGCUGGGGACGCAAUGACCAUGAUGACUACGGCCCGGCCAAGAGGGCACGCUACUAGACGUGGAUGAUAGGCCAGCCCAUGAGGCUUCUGGGGGUAGUGCUGACCCACUCAUCCCCCCUCCACUGACCCGACCCCCCGGCCAGCGUACCAAUAGCAGCGGCUGUUCAGGCGUUCGCUGCCGGUGGAUUGGCUGAAGAGGGAUUGGGCUGAAGCAAGAGACCUUAGUACAAUGAGUCUUUUUUUAUAUAUAUCUUUUUUUUUUUUCUUUUUUUUUUUCCCCACAAUUUUUUUAUUUAUUUUUCUUCUGCAUUAUUAUUUCACAUGCCUUGUCUGAUUUUACAUUGUGCCUUGCACUGAAAUAUCCUGCUGGCUCAUCUCUGUCUGGAUUCAUCUGGGCAGAGGGCAACUGCUGGGGUGUGUUUUCAGUAUGCAGCGUGCAACAGGAAGCAGAUGUUUGCCCGUGUGAAGUAAUGAUGCACAAGUGAGACUUGUUGUGUGCUGCUGAAUGAAUGGCUUGAUCUGCACUAAUUCUCUAGCUUAUAUAUCCUUCCAUCACAGUUUCUCUGCAGUAAGGGCAGUAGCUCUGAAUAUUGCAGAAAGAUUCAUUAUCCAUUAUUGCAGCAUUAUAUAUCCUUUCUGCAAAAACCAUUUGCUUCCCCCAUACUACGUAUUAUUAUUAUAUAUAUAUAUAGUUUUGAUGACUGUAAUGAGAAUUUUCUUAUUAGAAUGAAAUUAACUUAGGAAGUAGUUUUUCCGUAUCUUAAGAUGGUGAAUAUUCCAAGCUGGAUUUCAGUAUAUUAUCACUCAACCAAAUCAUUGUAGGAUAAGUUAAUGUCAGGUGUUUUAUGUCAAAUGGCAUUAGAUAUUUUGGUAAAGCAUUACUUUUAUUUUAUCAUAUCCUAGUAUUCUGUCAAGUGUACAAAAGAUCAAAUUCAAAUUUCAUAAUUUGUAUGAAUAAUUGUUGUCACAAUAAAUGUAAUCCUUAAAAUUA